AGUGCCGAGGGGGUCUCGAGAGUCUGGAGCCGAGGGAGAGUUCCCCGCCGUGCUUUGAAGGGGCGGGAUGGGGCGGCGAGGUUGAAGCGCGAUGGAGGAGCGGAGAGGGCUGAAACACCGGGGGUUCAAUGAGGAAGGUCAAAAGAGGUCAAAAAGUCCGAGAGAAUUGGCAAAAGAAGGUGUUUUGUGCCGACACUUCAACACAUUAGGCGGCCGGGCUUCCUUGCUUGAUUUACUGACAAGCAAGGUGUUUAUGAAAUCUUGAUUUGUUAGGCAAUCUAGUCUUUACUUUCUGU